AUGUGUCUCUGCGGACCAUUUUCAUUCACGUUCAAGCGCAAGGCGCGUAAGAGCGACCUCGACGAUGACUCCAUCUAUGUGAACUACGAAAGCUCGAGCACUGAAUCUUCAAUCAGCUCUUCAAGUAGCUCAAGCUCUUCUCUGGGUUAUCUGGAUCCCUACGACUUUGCAUCUCUCGAUACACCACAACUCACCAUGAGUCCUACCUCGUCAACCUGCGCCGCUCGUGGAGGUAGCGACUCGGCAAUGAACGUCAACGACAACUUCAGCACAGCUACAGAGUCAUUUUCGGAUCUAAUCGCCUUCAGCUCUGAUCCUUCUCAGUCGUCUCAGCAGUCCGAGCACUUUGUCCCUGACGCCAUCUCUACUUGCUUUGUCUACAGCAAUACCAACUCGAUUCUUGCUGCGGACUCUGGUUACAACGCUUCUCUUGACACCGACGCCAUCACGUCUCAGAUCACACCGGCUUCUGCAGUCCACGGCCCAGUCAACGAGGGAUCCCUUGUGCGCACCCAGAGAGACCGCGCAGCAGAACUUCGUGUUGUUCUGCUAGCUAUCCUUCGCGGUGGCUGUGCCAAUGAGCACAACGAGACUGCUCAGCCUCGCACCCUGCAGGAACUUAGGGCUUGCUCUCAGUCACCCAGUUCAACAGCAAUGAAUCUCAACAGCAUGGAAGCCAUCUGCGACAACUCCGCCAAGGUCUCCAACACUGGUGGUACAAACAAACCAUCAUGUUGUGUAUCAAGCAUCUACCCAGCUUGUGAUUCUCCUAAUACCGUACCCAAGUCAUCCCAUGGCGCAGCAGAUAGGUCUCUCGACCAGAUUACCCGCGCCAACAAGCUAUGCGAGCCACAUGGCUGCUGUAUCGGAGUGCUUAGCACCUUCGAAGAGGCACACCUAGGCCACGAGGAGAAGCAGGCGAUCAUCGAAGGAGGCUACGUCACCCCUAAGGCGCAAGACAAACUUUACCAGCAGCCUCGCCAACCUCUACCUCUUGUCCAGCGCCCUCCCCACAGGACUACUACUCGUUCGGGCUCCGGUGUGGUCCAACCCGAUCCCUCGAGAACCAACGCAAUGCUCAACUCUCGCGACAUCGGUUCAAAGGUUGUCUCGUUUGACCUUUCGCCCAAGGGUCUCGAUUUCCCCCAGUCAAAGCUGAGCGACAAGUGCAGCAUCAGAGAGAUCAACUCUGGUCAUGGCCUCCGGGAGGGCUCUUCUGACAGCGUCAUCAAGCAUAAAUAUCAGCGCAAGGUCGAAAUGGAUGGUUGGCGACGCAACACCACGAUAUCCAAAUUUCGUAAACGCAGUAAGCUUUCUGAGUUCGACAACAACAACCACCAGCACAGCCAUCAUGUGCAAGCACACCUCCUCGGCCCUCGCCUGCCUGCUCUGCGAGCACUCUGGGACCACGUUGGCGACCUUCGCGGGCGCAGGUACCUUCGCUUCUCAUUGUACGAGCUAGUCACUGACAUCGGAUGUAGAGCACAGCUUGAGAAAGUCCUCCCUGCCCUCCCCGAGAGGAAGAAAGACUGCCCCUUGGGCAACUCUAUGCCUGCUGUGCCUCCAAGAGUCAAUUUUGAUGACCUUGUGGCCAAGCACGGCCACAAGGGCAGAAUCCCCAUGGGACCGGGCGUUUCUCUGGUUUUGCGCCGGGCCCCCACGGGCAGCAUCCGCCUGGGUGUCAAGCCUUCGCGUAAGGAGGUUGUUGACUUUGCUUCGUGCUCGCCUGUCGAGCACAAGCUCGUCCGCAAAAAGGGCUACGCCAAUCUUCGCGAGCAAAUGCGUCGUUGA